AACGGUGCUAUCUGCAAAGGAGGGUGAAAAGAGAGGAGAGAAAAGAGAGCGUUUGAUCCGUAGCGGUCCGAGAGGGGGCUAGUGCUGGUCGCCUGCUGGUGCAUAGCGUAACGCACGGCAUAUAGAAGCCGGAGACGGGAGCGAGAGAGAGAGAGAGAGAGAGGCGAUAUCUCUGCAUGUGUGGUGCGUGGCGUAUGAUGCGACUGGCUGGCGGCUGGAACGUCGAGACAGUCGCGAGUCGUGGUAGUGCUCGUACAGUAGGUACGUAACGUAUGUACGCGCUAUGGCUAUGGCAGAAGGCAGGAGAUAGCGGCAGUGGCAGGCAGGCAGGACAGUAGAAGUAGAAGCUGGUAGAAGCAGGAGUGGCGAGUGAACGAACGAGCGAGGACGAGAAAGGCCGUGCUCUCGGCUUUCGUAUACGAGUCGAAACGUGGUCGUUGGCGAGUGCGCGAGUGAGAGUGCACGGUCUCAAAACCGUAUGCCGUGUACCGUGCGCGCAAAGUGUGGCCGCACUUUCGAUUUUCGGCGAACGACUGGUCUUCGCUGGGUUGGACGUCCGCCCCGAAAAGCGGACACCGAUAUCGACGAAAUUACGCACGUGAUAUACGUGGUCUUGCACCAUCCGACGAAGCGACAGACGGGCCACGAAAGAUUGUACGUCAAGUCGCCGCGGAUCUCGUCGUCUCGCAUUCGGAGUUCGUACGGGGUGUGCGCGAAUGCGUGUGCGUCGGACAGGUGGCUUCGAUUUUCUCCCGAUUAUCCUGCAUUCGAAAUUCAACUAGGCGCUACAGGCUGUAGAACGAGCUCGAAACCGGUUACCAGUCGCAACGGCCGUCGCGGUGGCACGCGAACCGUAUAAAUCGCGGACGGUGUCGGAUUCUCGGGGAGGAAAGUCGAAACGCGUGUGCUGUCAGUGUCAACCUCGCGCUUGCGAUCGCGUGAACGCGCGUGUAUACGUCGAGGUCGGUGACGGGUGGAGAGAUCGACCGUCGGCGGGCGUAUGUACGUGUAGAUGGUCGUGAGUCGGUACGGGAAUCGGCGGUCGGCAGGAUGAAUAUCGAGCGUGGCGCGUGAGAGAAGGAAGGUCGUCGAAGUUGCGGACACGGGAGUGCAGCGAGAGGGAGCGAGGGAGCAGCAGCCGUGGACUCGGAGCAGCAACGAGGGUCGGGCGCGCGCUUGCGAACGCACCCAUCGCGCGUCCAACAUGGCUACCGCUAGCAACGCGACAACGAGCGCCGGCGAGGCGGCCGGCAACAACGUGCCACAGUGGAAGAGGGACUUGAUUCAGCGUCGCAGGCAGCAAAGUAAAGUUCUCGCAACCGGCGGCAGUGGUAACGGUAACGGUAGUGGUGGAAACGGUAUUGCUAACGCGAACGCUGUAUCUUCCUCCGGAUUUUUCUCAAGAGGACCGGCCUGUGGCGCCAUCGUCCCGACCGGAGCGAGCGUCGCUGUCGCUGGUACCGACGACGGCUCGACAGUCGCGUGCAACAUGCGCCUCGAGGCGGAUUUCUCCUCGUUCUGUUCCGACUCGGAGGAUGUUACGAACGGUACCUCAAGCAAAUCGUCGACGUUGGACAUGGAGCGGAAAUCGGAAGAGCGCGGCGACGAACCGGAGACCGACGUCGAUCCGGCGCCGGUCGGUUGCGAGGAGCGCGUCGGGUGUGGGAGGAGCAGAAGCAGAACGAAGAGAGAGCUUCCGACGGGGAAGUUCAAUAUGAAAAGCGGCAAUUCGACGAGAGAGGAAACGAGGACGAUGAGGAACAAAAUCGUGGCUGGCAACGAUAACAACGACGACGAGGAUAAUGACGACAACGAUGUGGCCAGCGAGGAAAGCGAUAGUUCGGAGGAAUUGCAGUACGGUCCGGGAAUAGUGAACAAGCUGAAGAGCAAGUAUCUCAAUCUCGCUCUCAAAGAAAUGAACAAAAGCCGCGUCUCCGUACAGCGGUUUCGUCGCGCGGCGAGUCUCGAAGAUCUUCUCGAUUGCGACGACGAGCCUGGUGAGAAAAAUCGGAGAAAGUAUACGAAGAGAGCUACGGGCAACGCGAUCGGCAGCGGCGGUAGCACGGUGGUCGUUAAAACCGACAGGUACAGGAACGUUUCUCGAGGCAACGAAUCGAUGAAACGGGCGCGAAGCGUUGAAACGUUGCUACGAUACAACGGUACCGUAGAUGAAACGACAGGUCGCGCGGUUUCUAGUGUCGGUUCCAGGCGAGAUUCUAUGAUCAACGAUCACAUCGUUUUGAUCGAUCGCACCACGGUGAAAAUCGAGAGUCGAUUGGGAGAGUCGGAGAGGCCCAAACCGGUAAACAAACCGAAAAGAAUCAAACCGUUGUUGGCGGAAACGGAGAGACCGCCGCCGGAUCUAGUCAAGACCACUAUGAGAAUCUUCGAGGGAUCCGCGAGGAAAUUGAAGCCGAAGGGCGAGGUAGCUGCGAAGGUGGCCACUUUCAAAACCAUUAACGACACGUUCAAAGCUCAAGCACAAAAGAAGCUGAUUCCAAAACCGCCGAUUCAACCUAAACCGUUCGUAAAUGGAAACACCAGCGGGCCGAUCCGGAGCGGCUCGGUCGGAUCCGUCUCGCCGAAAAAGAUCGUGCUGCCGCAAAAACCUACAGCCGAAUUGAUCGAGACCCGGGAGGGUCAGCGGGAAUACCACAUCGACGGCGUGAUCACGGAUCCCAUAGCGCAGUCGGUGUCAUCGGUGGUUAGCAAGUUUCGACAGAUAGAAAAGUCGCACUCUUCUCCGUCCCCGUCGCCCGAACCAUCCUUCAAAUUGAGAUUCUCGCCUGCACCCAGUCCCGAGCCUCUGACUCAACAACCGUGCAAGUCGAGAUCAUCAUCUCUUGAGAUCAGCGUUAAGUCGCCGCCUGUCACGCCCGUCCUCUCGCCCAGAAUUUCCUCACCCAGACUGCAAAGCCCGUCAUCGCCAAUCAAGGAUGUGCUCGGACAAACUUCGCCGCGAGUUCGAAGUCCCACGUCCCCGAUCAAGGAACCCUUCAGACGGAAUACCAGUAGUCCGAUUCGCAAACUACCGCCAAGUCCCAGCAGGACAGAGAUACUCGGACAGCAACAGACGUCCGCGUCGGAAACGGGAAAGUUACCGUCGCCGACAGUGCGACCGCAGACGGAACACAGCGCGAACGUUUCCGACGCGGAUGUGACGGAACAACAGCGGUCGCCCGACAGAUUACGGAGCGGUUUCGUGGAACGAGAGGUGCUCGAGGAGAAUUCGGCGCACAACGAGGAUGAGGACGUUGAGGAGAUCGAUGCUCCGAGAACGAUAUCGAAGGCUGCAUUGGAGAACAUCGCGAGAACCGGAGUAACGAUGCAGUUCAGCUUCAGCGAUAAGCCCAUCUCCGACAAAAGUUACUUGCCAGGAUUCAAGCAGAACGGCCGGAUCGAGUGCCGAGAGAAAAUCGAACAGAAAGAACGAACGGACGAGCCUGAGUCAGAUGAUCGAAUCGAAACUGAAUCGUCGUCGUUGCCGGUAGAGUUGUCCAGGGGCAAGUCGUUUUUAUCCGGAGAUUCUGCGAACGAAUCGGACGUAACGGUGAUCGGCACCGAUCGGGAAUCGGUUUGCAGACUGCAGGAGAGAUUAGAAGCAGACACGUUCGACGAGAAGAUCGAGAAAGACCGGGGGAAGGAGGAAGCAACACCGAACAGAGACGCGAGAACGAACGAGAAGAGCAGUGUGAAACCUAUAGGUGCUAUUUGCAGUCUGGGUCUGAUCAAAUCUUCGACGACCACUUCGUAUUCUCAAGGGAACGAGUCUAAGACGAUAAGAUGCCAAAAGACCGAGUCUCCUCCGCAGAAACAGAUCGGAAUAAUAAGGCCGCUGGUGUCUACGAAGACCCAGCAUGCCCAGCAGAAUUUAAGCAAUCGAGAAUUGGAAAAGAAUCUGAUCAAUCGCGUGAAGAGCAUAGAGCAGCCGACGAAGGUAGUGGUCAGCUUGAAGAGUGCCGAUGAGAUCCAACCAGCGAAAAAGUCGAGCUCAGCCGGCGCCGGACUCUGGGAAGCGAAGCCGUGGAACCAGCAGAACAACACUAUGGUGUUUAAUUUCAGUAACCGGAAGGACGUGCCCGAUUACAUUGAAAACGACGGACUCAUCGUUAAGAAGAAGCGAGAGAAGCCAAAGGUUGGGGACGGUGGCAUCAUAGUGUUGGACGCAACAUUGGAUGCGUCGACGACCGACGACGUCGAGUGGGAGCUCACCGGUGGACCACCUUCGCCCUGCGACGUCUCGUUCUUCAACGAUAACGUUCUCAUUAAUGGCCGCAGUAAUCUUUCGAGGACCCCGCGAAAUCACAAGCAUCGAAUUCAGUUUGACGAUACGGCUACCCGAACCUUCGAAUACCCGAGUGAGGCAUCGAUGUUGGAGGGUGAGAGCUGUACGGAUGGCGAAACUUCCGGUUCCGGCGAACAAUCACCUCCCAUCAGCAAUAAAACGUCCUCGACCGGCUGCUCGGCUGCCAUGCCGACCCUUCUCGGUGGUGGUAGUAGCGGCGGCCUAGCCAAUUACACACCUAGCAAAGUGGAUUUGACGUCCGAAGGAUUCGAACUGGGUGUAACUAGAGCCGUGUCUUCGACCCCGUCGCCAACUUCGACCUCGACCUCGACCUCGACCUCAAUCUCGACUUCGUCGCCGUCGCCUCCGCUGUUAUCCUCGUCGCUGUCACCGUCACCGUCACCGACCGCCAGGAGUCGAACGGAGAACGAACCCACCGAGAUAGAUUACUUAAAACCAGCUCAGGAUGCGGCCGCGUGGGGAUCCGAAACGACCGGAGAUCUCCUUUAUUGACGCGGGCAGUACCACGCGUAAACUGUAAGAAUCAAACGAGCAUAAGGAAGAUCGUUGGAGCUCGUCGAGAGAGACUAAUUUCAAAAGUAUUUUUCUUUCCUUUUUUUUCGGUAGCCACGAAAUAAGAUCGCGCACGUUGAAACAUGCGUCUACCUGAUGUUUGCUCAUCGUUUCAAAUAUAAACGAGUAAAAGAAAAGCUGAAACUAUUUUGUUCCGUUCACGAUCGGAACACGCCUUAGUGUACGCGCGACGUACGAAAUAGUUUAUUCGUCAUCGCGCGCGAUGUACUUUUUUCCGAUCGCGGUGAUCGACGAUCGUAAGUGAGGAAGAGAAAUUGAGAUGGUUCGUUUGCGGUCGCUUCGAACGGAAGAACGAUCUUUUCUCGAUUAAGCGAAUCGCCUAACACGGUCGAUAGAAAAGAUAAACUGUGUCAUUCCAAAUGUAUGCAUUUAUGUAUCUUUUGUAUUAUCGCGAUGAUCGAAAUGAUUUUUUUCCAUAUAACGCGUAACUGAAACUGCCAAGAUGAGGUCAGUGCGGUGGUUCCUUUUUUCUUUCUACUUCUUUCGAUAACAGUGUGCACGGAAAACCCCGUAGAGAUGGUCAAUCGGAAGGGGAAAAACGAGCAUAUCACUUUUUUGGCACAUUUUAUAGCAAAUGGAGAGAUUACGAUGAUGGGACUGAAACGUUUUGUAACCCUUUUUGAGAUUACAUACUUUAAUGCCGAACCGUUCAACGUUACGGCCGCCACGCGCCAGUCAAAGUUCAGAAUUUUACGCAACAUUUUAAGAAGAAAAAAAUGAAAAAAUUAAAUCGAUCGAGUGCGAAGAAGCUUGAUCGAAGAAAAAAAACGUUGAACUAUUCACGGUUAGAUUUGUAAAAGAUUUUGCUAAAGUAGAGUUUAAGUCUACUCGAUAUACUUAAUAUACGCGUAUGUACAAUAAUAUCGAGGAUUUCGUCCGCGAAUCGUAUCGGGAUGUAAAUCCACAAAAAUUCUUUAUUUAUACCGAUAAUACUACGUUAAAUCCUAAUACUAAUGCUCAAGGUUCGGUCGUAUUUCGAUGUAGGUAGAUAUAUGCAUUUACGAUAUCGUUCCGUUAUUCCGUUCCUUAUAGUUUGGACAAGGACCAAGAAAGAGAAAAGAAAAAUAAAUUACUUAAUUUAGAUUAAAGAAAAUGAAUUUGUUAGCGACAUACGUUAUAACUUUAAGUGAAUUCAAAUUUGUACAUAUUUACCCAACUAAAUUAUUAUCGAUCUCGAAGCAUCCAAAUAUUUGUAAGUACAUACGAUGCGUAACGAGUGACUUUGUGAAAUUGUCGCUUCGAGAUCGAUCACGCCCCUUAAUUUUGUUUUCGAUUGUCCGUUUGCUCGUUCUUUUCGAAGAUUCGAUAACGAAUUCGUUAAUAUUACGUUACAUCGAAUCGCGCGUAAGCGUUUGUUUUUAAUUGAAGUACGAUUCAUUUUCGUUUAGGAUUUAAUUGCGUGAUCGCGGACUGAUUCGGGGAUAAGCGUGCGAUACGACGAUGAUGCUAUGAGUUAUAAUUAAAUAUAAAUAAAAUGCAUUUAUAGAUAUACAAAAAUGUAUACCGAAGCGAAGCAACCAACAACUGUGUUCCAACGUUCGAAGCUGUAUCGCUAUUGUUCUGGCUGCGUCUCGCGACGCGAUAAACACUAAUUUUUUUUUCAUGCGAUCCUGUUAUCGUUCGGUCCAUGCUCGAUGGAUCUGUGUCACAGCGUUGCGUGUUGCAUUCUACACUGUGAUAUUUUUGUUACUUUCCUUGGAUAACGACAUGCCGUUAAUUGCUUCCGAAUAUUUUAAGAAACUAUAACCGUGUCGACCGCUCCCUCAGUUUCUAUCUAUCGCGAUUACACGCGACAUUUUAACGCAAAGACACGCGUAACGGAGCGAACGAGAUUAUGAGACGAACGAUACAUUCCAAAUUAUAAUUUAACGCGGUAUCAGCUUUACUUCCAAAAGGAUCGGUCGAUCGUUUGUAAAUCGAUGCGGUAAUCUCGAUGCUCCGUUAAAGAGAAGUUUACGUCGUUUCUGUAAAUUAUAUCGCUGUACAGAGAGAAAAAGCGUCGUCGUUCGAUUAAAAGAUUAAACAAAGAGAGAAAUAGUAUUAUCAUAAGAUUCUUAUUAUUAUUGUAUUAUUACUACUACUGUUAUUAUGAUUACUCCGAUUAUUCUUAUAUCAUUAUUAUUAUUCGAAACUUAAACCCAAUUGCAUUAUCGAAUAUAAUUUACAAGUUAGAAGUAUCGUGCGAUGUAUUGUCUGUGUGUUGAAAGAGUAAUAAAAUGAAACGAUUAUGCCCGAACAA